UAAUUAUUCGGAAUCAAUUUCCUUAGAAUUUUUAAUUAAAAAACAACGAGAGACAAUAAUUAAAUCUAACAACGACUUACGCUAGUGGUUUCAUCGGUAAUAAUAGCAAGGAUGUCCGAGAAAGAUAAAUCGAAAGUAAACAACCAAACAAAACAUCUCCCGAAAGACGCACAAGUGAUAAUGUCUAUCAUGAAGGAAGUCGGCAUUUCAGACUACGAACCUCGAGUCGUAAACCAACUCCUAGAGUUCACAUAUCGCUACGUUGCGUCCGUUUUGGACGACGCACGCGUAUUCGCCAAUCACGCUAAGAAAAAGACUAUAGAUCUCGACGAUGUGAGAUUAGCUGUUCAGAUGCAGCUAGAUAAGUCUUUUACGAGUCCACCGCCGCGCGAAGUGCUGUUGCAAGUGGCAAGAGUGAAGAAUGUAAACCCUCUCCCGUUGAUAAAGCCCCAUUGUGGAUUGAGAUUGCCGCCGGAUCGUUACUGUCUAUCAGCCUGCAACUACCGUCUUAAGCCAGCCCAGAAAAAGGCAGUUGCCAAAACUACAGUCACAGCUGGCCCUCCCAUCAAAGCACCUGUCGUAGGUGGUCAGCCUAAUGUGGUGGUUAAGAGACCACCUACCACUCCUAUCCCAACUAAACCUAGCGGUGUGCCUAAACCAGUUUUGAAAUUUACUUCUGGCAGUAAGGUGGUAGCAAAACCAGCAGUGCGAGUGACGGCUGGACCAUCAUCUCAUAUCAAGAUGGAAGUGGAUGAACCUUCGGGAGCGCAGAAGCGAAAAAGAGAAGACGAUUAUGAUAUGUAGAUUAAGAUUCUAAUGCUACAGAAUAUGUAUUUCAUAACUCAUUGUUAAGAUUGUCAGGUAUAUUAGAAGGAUUUUUUAUUU